GCAUCCCCGGAAUCGCUGCCCUCCGCUCAUUAUCCGCACAGUCUCCUCAGUUACGUUUCUCUGUGAUUAACGAGUGUCGGGAGUAAGAGACGACGUGCGAACAAGACAAGGAGCAGAAAUUUGGAGUGAACAUUAAGAAGGUUUUCAUUGAGAAUCCGCGAGAGAAUUUUUUUGCGCGCUGCCCGCUUCAGUCGCAUCACUGCCGACUUGUGUUAGACGCAAAGGAGAGGGUAAAAAAAAAAAGACACUUGAUAUUCUCCUCUCUGUUAAAUUAUUUAGGAGUAUCUGUUCCUCAAGCCCAACAUAUGCUCGUGUCUUUGUCUUACAUGAUUGUAAACCAAGGCUCGAAGUGGCGGUGACACGGAUGAAAGCCGAUGGCCAGGCGCCCCGAAUUUCAUCAGAAGGGGGAUGCAACCUAGAAUAACCCCAGUGUCAAAUGGUAAGAGCGCAGCUUAUGUCGAGAAUCAGUGCACUUGCUCAGAAGUGGAGAAAAAAACCUGUGAGUUUCUGCAGCUCUCGUAAGGUCUGUUGAUGUGAAUUAUCCCUGCAGAUUUCCACGCAACGCAAGGCAAAGAAGACCUGAAUCUCGACACGUUACGGGGCGAGUGUAUACUGCUGCGGCUGCGGACUGAGUCAGCUACACACACCGCGGUUGAGAGCAUUGCUUUCUGUCACACUUCUCUGAAGUCGGGCUGAAGGGCGCAUGCAUAGUUGGCGCAUUGUAACUAUAACGCGCCUCAGGUUUCUCCUGAGACUGUCCCUCCUCCUGACCUCUUACGCACUGGAAGCCCGGACACUGGUGACUUUUUAAUGGCUUUUGUGUUCAGAAGAUGGAGGGUCUUACUGGUGCUGAACGUGCUCGCGGUUGCCGGGUUCAUUACUUUCUGGGCCAAGUGCAACAACGCACGCAGCAUCCAGACCACCGGUCCAGAGGCCGCGGGUGAUGGGAAGAGAGCCCGGGGCAACGGGACGGCGCAGGGGCCCAGCGUCAGCCAUGAGGUGCUGCUGAAAAGGCUCAGCUCUCUGGAGGACGUGGUGUACAGGCAGCUAAACGGUCUGUCCAAAUCUCUGGGCCUGAUUGAGGGCUUUGGGGGUCGGGGUAAAGGCGGCCUCCCCGCCACGCUGUCACCGGCUGAGGAGAGUGACGCUAAAUACCUUAGGGAGAAGUACGGCUAUAAUGCCUACCUCAGUGACAGAAUUUCUCUGGACCGCACAAUACCAGACCAUCGGCCUAGCAAAUGUAGAAAGGUCAGCUACUCAAGAGACCUUCCCCAAAUCUCCCUCAUCUUCAUCUUCGUCAACGAGGCUCUGUCGGUGAUCCUGCGCUCAGUCCACUCAGCUGUCAAUCACACACCAGCGCACUUGCUCAAGGAGGUCAUCCUGGUGGACGACAACAGCGAUGACGAGCAACUGAAAGGUCCACUGGAGGAGUAUGUGAACAAACGCUAUCCCGGCCUGGUGAAGAUUGUGAGGAACCAAAAGAGAGAGGGAUUGAUCAGGGCCAGGAUCGAGGGUUGGAAGGUAGCCACUGCUGAGGUGACGGGAUUUUUUGAUGCCCAUGUGGAGUUCACCCCAUCAUGGGCGGAACCAGUUCUAGCUAGAAUAAAAGAAAACCACAAGAGGAUUAUCUUGCCGUCAAUCGACAACAUCAAGCACGAUACCUUCGAGGUGGAGCGCUAUGAGAACUCUGGCCAUGGCUACAACUGGGAACUGUGGUGCAUGUACAUUAAUCCACCCAAAGAGUGGUGGGAGGAGGGAGACAUGUCUGCACCAAUAAGGACGCCUGCCAUGAUUGGAUGCUCCUUUGUGGCCAAUCGAGACUACUUUGGAGAACUCGGUCUACUCGACUCAGGCAUGGACGUCUACGGAGGGGAGAACAUCGAACUAGGCAUCAGGGUGUGGCUGUGUGGAGGCAGUAUGGAGGUGCUGCCUUGCUCCAGAGUGGCUCAUAUUGCACGAAUGAAGAAACCUUACCACAGUAACAUAGCUUUCCACACACGGCGUAAUGCCCUGCGUGUGGCAGAGGUCUGGAUGGAUGAGUACAAGUCCAAUGUCUACCUGGCCUGGAACAUCCCCAUGGAGAACCACGGUAUUGAUUACGGAGACAUAUCACAGAGGGUUGCACUGAGGAAGAGUCUGCAAUGUAAGAGCUUUCACUGGUACCUAGACAACGUUUACCCAGAGAUGAGGAGGUACAACGAUACGCUGUUCUACGGUGAGGUCCGCAAUUCGAAAGCAAGCCACCUGUGUAUGGAUCAGGGUGUGAAGGAGAACCACACAGCCACCCUGCACCCAUGCCAUGGGUGGGGUCCUCAGGUACGACACUCUUCCUCACCACCAUACUAA